AUUCCAAUCAAAUUGUGAGGUUAUGAGAGCCUAUUGGAAUUUGUUUUACUUUCCCUACUUGUUUUUUCUUGGUCAAUUUUCGCGAUUUCCGUAUUUUUCAUGAAAAAUCAAAUAAAUUAAAUGGAAUUAUGUAGAAAAUUAUGCAUAAUGAUGUAGAUUAAGCAUUUUCAAAGCACCUAAAAGGAAGAAUUUAGUGUUUGUUUGAUUUUUUUUUUUUGAUAAUUUGAGAAAACUUGUCAAGCGGGAUGAAUUCAGAAAGCCGGAAAGAGAUUGAUGCCCUUUCGUCUAGCCAGCAAGCGGACAAGACACUCGAUAUCUUCACCCCACACAAAGUAGCUGUGGUGUUCCUGCUGCAGGAAUAUGUGAAAUUGCGACCAAUUCUCACGAAAAAAUCAAUGGAUUUCCUCCCAAAGUACCGGAAGCGCUUUAGUCUGCUAGUGUUGAAGUUAAUUCAGUAUCCGGACAUGUCGUACAAGGAGCUCCAUGACCAUUUGAUCUCCUCCACCUACUGCCUCCACGAGGAUCACCUGGCUGCUUUCCAGAAGUUAAUCUCUACCAUUAUUGAGGGUGGAAUUGAAAUGUUUCACAAUCUUCCUGGUGAUUUGGAGAAGAUUAUGAGUGACCUCUCACCGUCAUCUGUGGGAUUGAGUCAAUUGGGUAUUGCUGGUCUUCUUGUGCGGAGAUUCAUCAUCACUCUGGACCGUAUGUCAUUCCCGGAGCUCAUGAAGCUGUAUCACAAUGUCUGUGCGUACUUCAAGAAGAGCGUCCGGGCAAUUGCUUUGGGAGCAAAGGAAGCUGGUGUUAUGAUUGAUCUGGAGGAGCGUGAAGGUGCCGUAGCACAGCCAAAGGGUGAUAGAGAAUUCAGCCGGUGGUCCAGGAAGCAGACAGAUCUCUUUGUGGCACAGCAGUGCUCCCUCCUGCAGACGAAUGAGACAAAAGCCCUAAGUCCUCGGGAUUUGCAGGCAAAACUCGCGGAGAUUAUCAAAGACAAUCCCCUGUAUUCACAUGCCCACUUCGUUAACUACUUGAAUUGCCUCCGAGUGAGGGAUUACAUAGGAGCUGUGGAUAACCUUCAUCGUGCCUUUGAUAGAAAUGCCGUUAAAAAUCUUUCUCCUGUAGAAACUAAGGGGUAUCAGUACUUGAGCCUCAACCUGGCCAUCCUGCAUGCCCAAUUCGAUCAUAUGCGAGAAGCCCACGUGAGUUUGCGGGAAGCCAUAAUGUUGGCACAGGAAGUCGGUGAUCGAACGUGCCUCCAGUUGGCAAAUUCCUGGCUCGGUUACCUGGAUCAUCAUAAAAUUCAAGUUCCCGAUCGGGUGCCAGCAACAGCAGUUGAGGCAAAUGUCAUCAAAUCCAUCUCAUUGGGCAUUCAAUUCUUCGUCAAAUCCGUGGCUCAGUUGGGCUUUGAGCCAUCGAAGCAAUUUGAAUUACUCAUGUGGAGUGACUACUUCAACUGCCAACAAUCCAUGCAGGAGCUCAUUGCCAAUUGUGUGGCUGAAAAGGCAGCCCUUUGGACACUCUAUGGACGUCAUGAGUUGGCUUCGUUGAUGAGUCAGGUACUCCUGAGUGCCAAUAUGACCAGCAUGGGGAGGGCGUACAAUGGGGAGAAUCUCUGUCAUGCAAUUUGCUGCCUUGCACUAUGGCUUAGCCUCAAUGGGGAUCACUUCCGGACCUUUUCGGUACUGCAGUAUGCACGAAAAUGCUUCCCCAGGGAUCCCAAUGCACGCCUUUGGACUCUCACGGAACUCUACAUUGCCAGCAUGAAGGCCAUCCAUGCUGGGGAGUGGCAGAAAGCUAAUGUCGCGUGCUGCCGCAUUUAUCCACUCGAUAAGAACUUAAGCAUCCUCCAGCGUGUCACCCUCAACAUUGCACGGGGUAAUCUAUCGAUAGCUCAUGAUCUACUUCAGAAUCUACUGUCGGACAGAACACUCGUCACACAGGAACCCCUUGUGUGGAUACGAGCAAUGAUUCUCCACGCAACGGCCCUCAUUCCCUCACCCGAAGUCAUUAACAUCCUAAUUGAGGCGCAUGAAUUUGCACGUCGAAAACACUUUGACUACGAAGUUGCGACAAUUGAUGCCCUCUUUGCACAUCAACUCCUAGCAAUGGGGAUGCCAUCGAAGGCUCUAAAAUCCUGCCGGGAGGCACUAGAUGUCAUUCUACAGCAUGGUGGUAUCUACGACAGAGCUAAAAUUAUGUUUCUCUUCACAAAAUGCGCCAUUGCAGCAGCUGAGGGGCCCAAGAAGCGUCAAGAGAUGGAGAAGUGUGAACCAUUCCUCAUGGAAGCCAUUCAGCUAUUCACAAAAUUGGGUGUUUAUGUGAAAGUAAAGGAUAUUUAUGCUUUUAUGGCGCAAUUCUAUCAUGAAAUCGGGCAGCAGGCAGAGAGAAAUAAGUCUGCUUUCAAGUUUCGUGAAAUCGAUGAACAAUACCCCACAGGGAGCUUCGAAGUUGCUGAUGGGAUCAUUUGAAAGGGCACCAAAAAGGUAGAUUUGUGUGGGUUUCAUCAAUAAAGCAUACUGGUUAAUUAAAAUGUACGAAA